CCUACCUUUGGUGUCUCUUUUGAACAAGUUGACUUGCCAUUCAAAACCAUUCACUGAUGUGGUUUUGAAUGGUCUGAUAACUUUGCAACAGUUGAUGCUCCAAAUGGUUUUGAAUGGUAGUACAGCUAGUUCAGAUUCCUAUUACUUAGGCAUUGAAUGGUGAAACAACCUCUCCAUUGUGGUAUGACUUUCACUGAUUGGUUUUAAACGGUACAGCUGUUGUAUGGUGGUUGUGGGGGGUCCCAUGGGGGUGUUUAGGGUGAUGGAUGGUCCACUUAAUCUCCCCCUUGCUUAUCUAAUAGAAUUAGCUUUUGUUUCCAAAUAUUUUGUUCCAAGACAGGGAUUGUUGUGUAGCUUGAGGGUGACAAGAAAAAAACACUUAGAUAGGUAGGCUCAAUGGAAAACAAUAAAGUAGGCUACACAACUGAAAUGAUUUGAGCAUGUUCCAUUUUUUAAAGGGGUUAAAAGGUUUGUAUUGUUGUUUGCUCAUAUGUGCUUUGAUAUUAUUCAUUAUUUAAAUACUAAUUUAUUUAAAACUGGUUACGUAUUAUUAUGUAAGAAAACAAAAGUAAAAUUUUAAACAAAGAAAUGCUAGGAUAUAUAAGGCCUACUUCACAGCCCCUCAACCCAUUGCAAUUUGCAAUUGAUUGAGCCCAGAGCUAAAAACAAUGACCACCCGAGAGUGUGCUGCACUUCAGAAGAGUUUGAGCAAGGGAGAAAUGGCCCUUUUUGUAGAUGUUGCUCGUGGAAAGAAGAGGAAGAGAGAUGAAGGGUAAAUAUGCUUUUACUGUCACUUGUACAUUUAUAUUUAAAUAAAGCAUUAUUGUUUCUCUAAAUUUAUAUUUCAACGGUAUUAUUUUGUUCAAAAACAUAAAAUAGUUAUUUAUUUAUUUGCAGAUUUGAAGCAAGCAAGGAAGGAAGAUGGGAGAGAAGAGAGUAUGAAGAUGAUGAAGAUGAUGAAGUGCCAAUGGACACAAGAGAAGAUGAUGAGGUAGAUGACCAGAGUGGAGAUGGAGGUGCAGAAGCAGAUGAUGAAGAGGACGGAGAAGAGAGAGAGACGUUGACAGUGGUCGAGCAGAAAAAACAAACGAAGAAGCAGGCAAAACGAGAGAGAAAGAGACAGCAGAAGAAGGAGAGAGAAGAGAAAGAGAAGGAGAAAGAAGAACGUAGAAAGAAAAAGAAGGAAAAGAGUAAGAGGAAGCAGGAAGAGAUACUAAAGGAGAAGCGUGAGAAGCAAAAACGGAAGAAGCAGGAGGAAGAGAAACAGAAGAAAAAUCAUGAGGAUCAAAGAAGGAAGGAGCAGGAGGAUGAACAGAGGAGAGCGGAUGGGGAGCGAGAAGAAAGACUGAGGAAGAAGAAACAGAAGAGGGAGAGGAAGCAGGAGAAGAAGAGAAUGGAGAAGAAGAGAAUGGAAAAAGAACCAAAAGGAGGCCGAGGGAGAAAAUGAACCGGAGGGAGGUGGAGGGACUUCAACUGCAGGGCCAUCUUGGGUCCUGGUGGAGGAAGAGAGUGACAUCCCUGAGGCAUCAUUUGCUCAGCUCUCAUUUGAAGACGACAGCGAGGAGGAUGCCCUGUAUUAUUUAGCAGAUGAAACAGGGUCAUCCUCCUCAGAACCAGUGUUCUCUGCUGCUUCAUCUUCAGAUGAAAGUAGGGUAGAGGUGCCUCAGCCGGUCAGGAGAGGAAGGCGUGUCAUGGUUCAAGACCCCGGAUCAGACGCCGAUCCAACUCGCUUCGACCCUACAACUGGUUCAAGCCACACAACUGAUCGCCAUGGAUGGAAUAGGGACUUAACAAAAAUAAAAACCCGCAAGUUUAAAUCACAAGGACCACUAGGACCCACAUUUGACCGCCCCAUUAAUGAUGACCCUGUACAGUAUUUUCUUUCAUUUUUUCCAAUAAAUUUAUUUGUUCAAGUUCAAACCUUCUGCAAUAAAAACCCCAAACUCGACCCCAAAACCACAGUACAAGAAAUCAAAGCUUGGUUUGGUAUUAGGAUGUUGCAGGGGGUCCAUCCCAACACAAACGCUGAAGAUGAUUGGUCAGUGCACCCGGGCCUCAGAAAUAACCUUGUGUCAUCAACAAUGACUAGAGGAAGAUUUUAUCUUCUUUCUGAGGUUCUGGCGUGCUCUGACCCUGCCACAGGACCACAGCACAUAAGGGACAAAAAAGACCGCUUUAUGUGGAUGAAAGCCCAUCCUUUGUACCCUUUGCAGAUCAUUUGGGACACGGUCAGCGACAACUGCCUCCAAAACUACAAUCCUCAGAGGGAGUUGUCGCUGGACGAGGCCAUGAUCAAGUACAAGAGUACAAAGGCCAACAUCAAGCGGUUUUUUAUGCCACUUACAUGUAAGCCGACCAAGAUGGGCUUCAAAAUCUAUGCAGUGAGUGAAGCCAGAUCUGGGUACCUUCUUCACAUGAAGGUACAUUCAGAAUCUGGCCUCAAGAUGAAAGAUCUCUCACUGCGGAUGAUGCAGCCCUUCCUUGGUCGGUACCACCUACUCUUCUGUGACAGACUCUACACGUCAGUUGCCCUUGCUAAAGAACUUCUGGAUCAGAAAACUUAUCUGUGCGGUGCGGUGAAGCGGUCUUCAAAGGGAUUGCCUGAUGAUUUCAACACUAAGGAAGGCAUCAACCCAUCCAAGCACCGCCAGAUAAGUUUAAUGAGCAAGUCCCCCAGAGGAACAAUGUACUCGAGGCAGCAAGGGCAAUUGAUGGUGGUCCUGUGGCGGGACACAAAAGUUGUCAGUCUUCUGUCCACCUGUCAUCAGGGAUAUCGGGACCGAGCUAUACACCAACUGACGAGAAACAUAAAGGACAAGGGGUAAAGGACCGCUUCGCGGAAACAAGUACCCGCUCCUCCCCAUGCCGUAGACUAUACCCAAUUUAUGGGUGGCGUUGACAGGUCAGAUCAACUGCGAUCAUACCAGUCUUGUAGCCGCCAGUCUAUGGCAUGGUGGAGGAAGAUCCUCUACUUUCUGAUGGAUGUAGCUCGUGUAAAUGCCUGGAUCUGCUAUAAGCAUAACACCGCAGCAGAUCCGGGCGUACACUCGAUGUCCCACCGUAUGUUCACGGUGGACAUAGCGACCAAACUAAUCAGUGGCUUUGCGGAGGGAACCCCUGCACAUCAACCCCACCAUCUCCCACCGGUGCCUGCAGUCAAUGGCCCAAACCAUAGGCUGAUCAGAAUGCCCGACAAGCACCCAAAGAUGUGCAUCCAGUGCCGCAGAGAUGGCAAUACCACCAGGUUAGGCCAUCCAAUUGUCACGCGGACUGGAUGCACAUCUUGCAGCAUCCACCUAUGCAAAGACGGGUGUUUUCUGAGGUUCCACUCGGCCUAGUAAGGACCAUUGACUGCAGUCACCCCCACACUUCACACACAGCAAAGCCUUAAGUACCAAGUCAGUUUUCUUUUUGUAUUUCCUUUUUGUUCAUUUUCUACAAUACAAAAAUUAAUGCAACACUUGGUGUUAUUCAGUGUACAUGUUGUAAAAUAAAGAAAUGUGAAAAGGCAAUGAUGAUAGAUUAUAACACACUAAUACAACAUGCAUUGUGCACUGUUAAACUUCUGUGAAUCUACUGAGCCCUCCUGAGCCUAACCAUGGCCUAACAAAAACACAGGGACACCUGACACUUCCAUGAAAAAGUCCCUCCUUCAGUCCAGAUGUACUCUAUCAACAUACUUUCACUGUGGGGUUAAUACACCAUUUAAACCAUUUGGCUAUGGUAAUACACAGUCCAUGUACUCUAUCUUUCACUGUGGGGUGGAUACACCAUUUGAAACCAUUUGGCUAUGGUAACACACACAGUCCAUUUCUACUCUAUCAACAUACCUUCACUGUGGGGUUGGUACACCAUUUGAAACCAUUUGGCUAUGGUUACACACACAGGUGUAGUGUAUGCACCAUUCAAAACCACUUGAAUGGUUUUAAGUGGUAGGAAAGCUCACUAUUAACAAUGUUCAAAUGGUAUUGCCAUGUGUGUACAAAAGCAAUGGGCAAAUGUGAGAGUUGGAAUUUUGAAUGGUUUUGAAUGGUGUAUCAGUAGG